UUUAAGAAUGUCUGCAUUUCAGAUACAGUACAGCUGGUCUUAAGACAAUGCUGUUCUUUAAAUGCUGCCGUUUAUCACCGAGUUAUCAGGCAGAAUGAAUAUAAGGAAAUACUGUUUCACAGAGGCUGGUAGAGCUAUGGAACAGUCUACCAGCCCAAGCUGCAGAGUCGAGAACAGUCCUGGGCUUCAGAAUAGCCCUUGACCCAAUAACCAAGAACAACGGAGGGAUCCUACUCAGGCCACUGGCCUCCUUCCCUCUGCAUGGCCACAUCUAGUGGGUGGCCAUUAGCAUCUGCCUAUUACCCUCAGUCACAAGGUGGCCGAAAAAUAGAUCCCUGCAGAUAUUUAAGGCGGUUGAUGCAGUGUGAGCAGAGAUAAGAAUAUCAGAAGUGCAGUGUCAUAUGACCUCAGCCCUGGGAGAAACUAUGGCCAAUCACCAAGAGACAACAGUGUCACUAAAAGAUGAAGGAGGUCACAGCAUCCCUGGUCACGCUUCCCUCAAUGAACACACCACAAAAGGAGAUGGUUUAGAAGAUACUGAAUUACUGAAUGACAGGAAAAAUGUAAGUACAGAUGAAGACGGCCAAAGAGACACUGGGAGGUCAUGUCUCAGAGGCAGUGGUGUAGCAGUAGCCGAUGGUGAGAAGUGGACAGUCGCGCUGGGGGUAUUCAUCAUCUUGACGAUGACCAACAUGGUGGGUCUCUGCUUCGGUAUCAUCUUUUCUCCCUUCCUCCUAAGUCUGGGAACAUCCUCCACUACGGUCGCCUGGAUCUUCAACUCCCUGUUACUGUUGUGGUUUACCAGUGGUUUAUUUCUUGGUCCCCUGGUGGAGGAGUUCGGGUGGAUGAAGAUAGCCCUGGUGUUUUCCUUCGUGUACUCCUGUUCCAUCGUCCUCUCUGCCUUUGCCACCUCAGCCUGGUUCCUUAUAUUCUCGUUCUCCAUCAUGGGAGGAAUAAGCGGAGGCCUCCUGAACGCCCUCUGCUUUCUCAUCAUCCCUCACUACUUCACGCGACGGAAGGGUGUGGCUAAUGCAUGUGCGAUGUCUGGUGUUGGCACGGGACAAAUAGCAGGGUCGAUUAUUAUAGGGUUCCUGCAGGAGGAGUUUGCGUUCUUUGGCGCCACAGUCAUCCUGGGUGCUGCCACUCUUCACUGCUUUGUUGGUACCUUUUUAUUGAGCCCAGUCCAGCGUCAUGAAAACGGUCCAGAAGCAGGUGCUGACAAAGUAAACAAAAAGAGGUGUCAUAUCUCUGGCAAUGCAUUCCUUCGAGUCUUUCGCAGCAGUGUGGCCAACUUGACUAUCCUGAAGUCCUCCCGAGCUGCCAUCCUCGCUGUGGGAGGGAUGUUUACGGUUAACAGUCACCUGAGCUUCAUAUCCUUGAUUCCCUUUGCAAUACAGGCAGCUGGUCACUCCCUCAGGGCAGCGAGCCUGUGUGUGACGGUGUCGGCCGUAGCCAGCAUGGUAACUCGGUGUGCAGUGUCCACGCUAACAGACUGGCCCUGGUUCAGCAUACGGGUCUGUCAGAUGGCCAGCACCACCACCAUCGUUAUCUCCACUGUAGGUACUUGGGUUAUAUUAAAGCGUACGUCUCUUUUCUUAAACGGGUAAAAAGGAUCUUCUGGCAACAAUUAAAUGCACAUCAAGAGGUAAAUUUUCAGUAAGUGAAAGAUUCAUAAUGUUAAACCUUUAAUCCUCGAGUACUUUGACCUGUUAUUGCUCUCCUCAUUACGCUGCCUUGGAAGCCUACCCCUAAUAUAUAGUUGAUCACCACAGUACCAGAUCUACAGUAGUUUGUAAAUUAACACAGUAGGAGAGUAUUUUUUAUAACAAUAUAUGCAUGACGAAAUAUAAUUUUUGUUGUUGUUAUGAUUGUAAUUCAGAAUAUUUUAUACUAUAUAUGCCUUCUGGUACUUGUUAUCAUUAGUUUGAAAGGUUAUUGGUUAAUUAUGGAUAAAUUAUGGGGUAAAUUUUGGCUCUGUCGCUGUAACUUAAUGAAUGGUAGAUACUAGAUCAUAUUGGAUGAACGUUUGUUUAUUUAAGGUGUUGUUUACUGUCAUAACCAAAUUAUAACGUAAGGUUAAAUUAGGUCAGAGAUGAUGAAUUUAAUUUAUUGUUUGUAAAGAAUUGUGAUUAUCCACAUGUUCGUCCAUAAGUCCAGACGAGUUGUCCAAGGAUAAGUGAAAUAACCUAAAGUCCUGUUGCAGUCCACUGGCCUCACAACGGUCUUAAUUAUAAAGCUAAUGUUAAGUUAAAGACAAAACUACAUUUGAGUCUCAUAAAUAUUAAUUACUUUUAAAAAGAAAUAUAAUGGCAACGAUCAUGUACCUUCAUUUUUUACAUUAUUACUCGUAGCUUUCAGUUUGGUGGAAGACGUCUGGUGGCAGACGGUAUUUAUGGGCUUGUGGGGGUGUGGCGUGGGCGGUGUCAUGGGAAUCUUCAA